AUUUUGCAGGCGCCUGGAGAAAUAGAGGCUGAGUUUGCUGAGCUAGGAUUUGAGAGAGUUCUGAAGGGAUUCCUAACAUACCGUAACCCAGGUCCCCUCCUUCUACUAAAAGGCAAAUAUUUUGGACAACCAGACACUCCAAUCAGCUUGCCCCCUAACUGGUUAUCAGAGGAAGAUGUUAAGUAUUAUAUCAGCCAAUAUGAGAAGAAAGGCUUCACGGGAGGAUUGAACUAUUACCGAAACAUAGACUUAAACUGGGAACUUACAGCACCCUGGACGGGGAGUCAAGUAAAAGUGCCAGUUAAGUUCAUCGUCGGCGACCAGGAUCUUACCUACAAUGCUCCUGGAACCAAGGACUAUAUACACAAGGGGGGUCUGAAGAGAGAUGUUCCAUUUUUGGAGGAAGUGGUUGUAAUGGAAGGAGUAGCACACUUUCUCCAUGAAGAAAAACCUGAUGAGAUCAAUAAACACAUACAUGACUUCUUCCAGAAGUUCUAAUUUGCUAACCAGUUGAUGUACUUUUCCUGCUUUAAUUCCACGUGGAAGAAAGGGUCUUCGCCUUGUCUAUUGUAUGGUUUGUGUAUGUUUGAUUCAAGAAUUUGUCUUUGUUGUUACUGCCAAUUUACCUUCUUUUAUUUUUAUUUUUAUUUUUUUUACUGCCAAUUUACCUUUGUUGUUAUUGAACAGAAUUCUAUUGUCAAUGAGCCUGAUAUAUAGCGGUACUCCUUGUUUCUUUUGAA